AUGGGAGGCUGCGCAGGCAAACCGAAUGUCGCGGACACCACGAGGCCGGCGUCUACGCCCGCCCCGCGUGAGGAUGCUGCAGCAGCCACAGUGGCACAGGUGGAGAGUAAAGAAACUAUUGCACCCAAUGAGAAAAAGGAGGAAGUAGUAAGUCAUGCUGAGUCAAAGAAGGAGAAGAAAGAAGAGAUUGUCGCAGAAAAGGUGGAGAAAAGAGAAACUAUUGCACCCCAAGUAGUAAUAACUCAUGUUGUGCCGAAGGACGGGAAAAAAGAAGAGAUCAUCGCAGAAAAGGUGGAGAAAAGAGAAAAUGUUGUACCCAAUGAGAAGAAAGAGGAAGUAGUAAAAGAUGUUGUGUCGAAGCAGGAGAAGAAGGAAGACCUAGUAGCAAAAAAGGUUGUACCAAAGCAUAAGAAAAUUAAAAGUGAGAAAUUAAAGCACGACUUUUCGUUUUAG